UAGUGUUCAGCGACUUAUCUUUGUUGACAUAGUCUCACAAUCGCUCCCGACGACGAUGCGCUCUGAAGCUGCUACCAAUGUAGCUCGCGAAGACUCCGCGCUCGAGACGCAGUAUCUUUGCAUUGGAAACACGCCAAAGAGAGAUACUUCCUAUCGCUUUUUUCGAGAUCAUCGUUGGUAGAUUUGCACUUUCUGUCACUUGUCGGUAAGUCAUGGAACCUUCAUUCAGCCAUUCCACCAGAAGACCCACGAACAUGAGCGUGGACCUCAGCGCGUACGCGGGCGUCGAGUCAUAUCCGAGUCAGGAAGACCUCAACGCUUGGAGAAGGGUCUGCUUCACCAAGGCCUCGAGGAGACACGACCAACAUCUCGACAUCGGCUGUGGACUCGGCAACUUCACGCGCAAAUACCUGCUGCCUUACUCGCGUCCUUGCCGAAGGCUCGUGGCCGUGGACAGCUGUCCACGCAUCAUCGAGCACGCCCGCGAGCGCUCGCCGCAUCUCGACCUCUUUUACGACGUGCUCGACAUUGAAAAGUACGACGACGUGACGCAGUUCAUAGACAAGUACGGCAAAUUCGACCGCGUCUAUUCGUUCAUGUGCUUCCACUUCGUGAAGGACCAAUCAGCUGCCUACCGGAACGUGGGCCGGCUGUUGGCCGAAGAUGGCGAGUGCGUGGUGGUGUCGUGCGUGAGCACCCAACUCACGGACAUUUGGCUUCAGGUGCACGAGACUCAGAAGUGGAAGUCAUUUGUGCCGAACCCAAAGGACAUAUUUUCCACACACUUUCGCUUCAACUGCGUGACGCCAGCCAGGCAAAUUGAAGAGGAAACAAUGAAGGUGGUCACAGAAUCCGGAUUUCAUUGCGUCACAUGCGAGGUAUACGAAAACGAAUGGACCUUCCCCGACAUCGACACUAUUAUUUAUUUCUUCUUCUCCAUAUUCGGAUCAGAAGAGCUGGUCCCAGACGCCGAGAAAGAUGCAUACCGAAAUGUGUGGAGGACAAUUCUUGAGAAGAAGACUGAGCAGGGGCCUGAAGGUGGUCGUCAGCUGAAAUUUCUCAUCUCCGUGACUCACUUGUGCCAUCGCCCACAAACAAACAUCGAUUCUUCUGAUGUCGCCUAAUCGAAAAUUUCUUUUUUCUUUUUUUUACUGUGUCGUGCUUUCACAGCUUUCCUACGCACUCGCACUGCCCUACAGCGCAUCUUAGACGUGCUAUCAGCCUGACACCAAGCUAUAUAAAUCGGUAUCUUCAGCGCCAGAAAGCGUCUCAUAAUUGCAAGAAGAACAUAAUUAGUACAUACCGAACUACUAAACAUUUAACGAAAAUAAACAUAAUAAUAUGGUA